CUCACAGUCGGCUUCUCGAUCGCAAGCCGUCCUGUUAGAGGUUUACGUGGCCGUGAUAAAUCGAAUAAAAAGAAAACAAAAAAAAAAAAAAGAAUCGUUUUGGCCAUAUCGAAUAUACAUACAUAUAUAUAUAUAUAUAAACAUAUACAUAUAUAUAAAAUUGAUUUGGUGAUUUAUAAAAAAUGUGAUCAAAGAGGUCUAACGAGAGCACAAAUAAACGAAGAAUUUGAAGUUUAAGUGAAUCUCAACCGAUAUCUGUUCAUCGUCAUCAUCAUCGUUGAUCAACUAACAGAAUAUCGACAGAGUAAAAGAGAGAGAGAGAGAGAGAGAGAGAGAGAGAGAUGACUUUUAAAGUGAUUCAAUGUUUGACAGCGAUGAUCCAGCGUGAUCGAUCGAAAUCAAAGAAGACGCUCGACGAUCCGAGAAAUCGACGAUUUUUCAUUGAUUUUUUCUACUUCGAAAAUUUUUGAAAAAAAUAGAAAAAAGCGUGAGAGAGAGGGAGAAAGAGAGCGUGUAUUUGUAUGUGUUCGUGUGUGUAUAAACAGUACGUAUUUGUAUUCGAGCUCUAAGAGAAAGUUGACGACCGUUUUACUUAUCGGUUGAGUGAUUUUUUUUUUCCUUUUUUUUUUCUCUCUUCUUUUAAUAUUGGCGAUAUCUCUCUCUCUCUCUCUAUUUUUCUUUUCCUCUUUUUUUUCUUUUUUUUUUUUUUUGUUUAUUUCUAUCUUUCCUUUCCUCUUUCGUUCCUGCUACUCACCCGCCUUCUAUUUUCUACGAAAUAUUUCAAUCGUAAUGAAACUAUUGGCGAGAGAUGGACGAAGGUGGGGAGAGAAAUGUUUGAUUUCGAAUUGAUUUUGAUAAGUGAAGUGAAGUGAAGUGAAGUGAAGUGAAGAAGUGAACUAUAGUUCACUUCGAUGAAGGUCAUCGAAGUGAACGAUAUUAAAUAAGAUCUCGUUUUGUUUUUUUUUUUUUUUUCACGUGACCAACCAAUUGGGAUUUAAUAAUCGAACUAUACGAUAUACGAUACGAGGUGUUGACAUUGACGUUUGAAUUGUUGUAAACCAAUGUAGCAGCGAGAUGUUCAAAAGGUGGAAUGUCAUCAUUAUGGCUAUUGGCCUGAUGAUAGGUGUCGGAUGUCAAUUCAGCGACAACACACCACCGGUAAUGUGGUUGGAAAGAAAUUGGGUCCUUCCUGAUUCUGAACCUGUAGGUAGUAUAGUAACGAGAGUACGAGCCGAGGACAAUGAACAGGACGAAUUGACUUAUGGUCUCGAACCACUUGGACAUAGUUAUAAUGGAGACGAUAGUCCUCAACCACCAUUGCCAUUCUAUAUAGACAAUAGUACGGGCACGGUUUUUCUUAAUGAAACUCUCAAAGGACGAGGAGGACAGAACCUGUUCCUUUACGUGACCGUUUCCGACGGUCAACUCACGGCAAAGGCCGAGGUUUACGUUAACAUCAAAAGUACAUCGGCACCUAGCGGAGGGCACACCUGGACGCCGUUUCCAAAUCAACAUGGAUCUGGUGGACGAAUUAGGCCCCCAUUAUUACCAUUGCAUAAUUUACCGAAUUAUCAGAGACCUUCGAUCCCUCAUCAACCAGUAAUAAAUCAACCAUCAUCAUCUACAGUUGAUUCUAAAACAACAAAAUUGCAACCUUCGGAAGGUGGUAAAACAGCUCGCGAGGAUAACUCAGAGAAGUUACCUAAGUAUUCUCAGGAUUUAAUCGAUAGUAAUGAGAUCGAAGCUGCUACGUUAAGUUCCAAGGUCGCCCCAGAGGAAGCAUUACCUUCCCACGAGAUCACGAUGACUUUGAUACCUAUCACCGCGGUUUGUGCUCUUGUUCUUGGCCUUGGAAUGGGCGCCUGGUCUCUCAGGAGCAAGAUAUGUGGUAGCAAAAAGUCGAAGGAAGAUACGAAAGAACAAGCUUCAGUAAGCGUAUCAAAUAUAUCCGACGAUCCGUCACUCGUAUUGAAACGUUGGAGAGGACCAAAGGCUCACAAUAAUAGAUACGAGGCGUGGGAGAAGGAAAAUCAAAAUGGUAUUUUAAACAAGCAAGACGACAAGUGGGAAUUUCCCAGACAUAGAUUGAAGGUAUUCAAUAUCCUCGGAGAGGGUUGUUUCGGUCAAGUUUGGAAAUGCGAAGCAUUGGAUAUCGAUGGUAAAUCUGGUGCAACGAUUGUGGCUGUUAAAACGUUGAAAGAAAAUGCUACCGAAAGGGAAAGGCUCGAUUUGGCACAAGAAUUAAGAGUUAUGAAGAGUUUGGAACCCCAUCCUAAUGUCGUUAGAUUACUCGGUUGUUGUACGGAACGUGAACCAAUGUUCGUUAUUCUCGAAUAUGUAAGUGGUGGAAAACUUCAAAGUUUUCUAAGAGCAUCGAGAGAAGAAAGAAAUCAUGGUAGACCUGGUCUAACUUCGAGAGAUCUUACUGGAUUCGUUUAUCAAAUCGCUAAAGGAAUGGAACAUUUGGCAUCGAAAGGUAUCAUCCAUAGAGAUUUAGCGGCUCGUAAUGUUUUAAUCGAUGAGAAUCGUGCCUGCAAGGUAGCAGAUUUUGGUUUUGCCAGAGACAUGGCCGCCAAUGAGAUUUACGAAAGAAAAUCGGAAGGUAGAUUGCCGAUAAGAUGGAUGGCCCCUGAAAGUUUAUACGAUAAUAUAUUUUCGGUGAAGUCGGAUAUUUGGAGUUUUGGAGUUCUCAUUUGGGAAAUCGUAACGUUAGGAUCUACACCAUAUCCUGGAUUAGCGGCGGCUGAGGUGAUGAGGAGAAUCAAAGAGGGUUACAGAUUGGACAGACCAGAACAUUGCAAACGCGAAUUGUAUAAUAUUAUGUAUUAUUGUUGGGAUAAGGAUCCAGCAUGUAGGCCGUCCUUCACCGAGCUCGUUAGUUUAACAGAAGGAUUAUUACUCGACGAAACUGAUUACAUAGAAUUAGAUAGGUUUCCCGAUCACUCUUAUUACAACGUACUUAAUCUUAGCGGUGAAAAACUCUAAGGAUAAUCAACCAACGAGAUUAGAUUUUUUUACUCGCUAUUUUCUCCAACGUCAAUUUAUUUUCUAUUAUUUUUUUUUUGUUUUUUUUUUAUUUUUUUUUUUUUCAAUUUUUAUUUAUAAUAACUCGUACGAAUGUAAAUAUCAUUCAUUUUAUAUCGCGUUAUUAAAAAAUUUCUCGAUUUUCGAUCAGUUUUAAAAUUGUCUCGCAACUCGUAUCAUCGGACCAUGUAACAAUGUGAUCGUUAUAUUGAUAUUAUUUUUAAUUUUAUAAUGAUCUAUUUAUUCCAAUUAUUAUCGCGUUGUCUAACUAUUAUCGAGCUAGUCAAACGCAUCUGAUCGAUCCUAUUUGUUAAUCGUAUUUUGUUCAAAAAAAAAAAAAAAAAAAAAAAAACGAAAAAGAAAAAAAAGAAGAGAAAAAAAAA